AUGGAAACUCUCCCCAAAGGCUUGAUUGCUGUUUCGGAAAAGGUUUCAGAGGGGCUAGAUGAUCUUGAUCUAGAUGUCGUGGACAUUGGAGAUAUCGUGCAGUUGUGGAAAGCGUGCAGCAUCAACCCGUCCGCCCACGAAGGCGAUGCCGGCUAUCGCUUGCAGAACUUGUUCUGGCGGAUCUGGGGCAGCAAGCGUCUAAGCAGCUCUCUGACAGGAUCAGCGCUGUCUCGCUUAUUCCUGCAAAUCUCAGAGCCAGCGUCCACGCCCACACCCGCUAAUCGAAGCACGACUUUCACUUCGCCUUCAUUCAGGCCGCCGGCAAAGACGGAGGAAAAGGUGGGAACACGAACACAUCGUCAUUUUCCCUGUGACCAUGCCGCAGCUGUAACUGUUGCUGAUCUCCAGAUGCAGGAAUCCGAACCGCUCUCGUCCAGUUUGAAACGUGAUGAGCAACACCCAAAAAACCAGCACCAGCAUCAGAAGCAACAGCGCCCUCCAAGCCACGGCAAAAGCCAGAGCCAUCCAACUCCAGGUGCAAGCAACAGCGGGACCAAGCCGCUUCAGCCUGUUCUGAAGAAAUCCAACAGCUCGUCCCACGGAGAAGUCCAGAAGACCACUCGUCUGCUUCUAACAGGCCUCGGCGGCCAAAGUGUUACCCGCAAACCGUCAAACCCGCCUACGCCCAUUCCUCCUUCCCGGCCUAUCCUGUUUGGCGAACCGCAGGCUCCUGGGGCUACCAGUCGCGCCGGCCAGAAGAAGACGUUCGCUGUUGCGAGCAAGGCAAAAGCGAAGACUCCCAAGCGCCGGCCUGUGUUAAUGCGACGCAAGUCGUCGCAGCAGUCUUCGGUUUCGGUCUCUUCUACACGCACUCAUUCUCCACAGACCGACUUUGGAGAUCUGCCGUCUAUCGACAGCGACAAUGACAAGACGAACACUGCAGCGGUGCUUGACGAAGAUGCUGUGGAGGACUCACCUGAUGAAAUGAUUACCACCCGAAUAGCACCGAUCACAACCCCGAAUCCGAAUCCAUCGACAUCCAGCACGAUAUCAACAACAAUCACAGACAAGUCUACCUCCACCUCCUCUACGCCGGCUCCCUUCCCACCCUUACCCUCAGAAGAACAAACCUUCGAGCCAGACGAAAUGACCAAACCAGCCCUUCCAUCCCCCUUCAUACAGGAUCUGAAAACCCUUAUGCACAAGAACACACCGCUGCCACCGCUCCGCCCGCACGCCUCUCCCCCUACUGUUGGCUUCUUCUCCGCAACAGCCUGCCGCCACUUCGACGUGCGGCAUCUCUCCGAGGAGAAUUACGAGCAGCCGAACAGUUCGGAACUGGUGGCGCCGGAUUUUCGAACCAGGUUCGCGGAGCAAAAGAGGAUUGCGGAUGAGUAUUAUGCGCAGCUUUAUCGGAGAAACGCGGAGCAGGGGGGCCAAGAGCAGAAUGAUAGUUACGGUCAGGGUCAAGGUCAGGUUGCUCUCGGGCUCUUUGCUCAAAAUACGAAUCUCCAUCCAGCAGAUGAAGUAGAUGGGGCAGGAAGUCCAGGGGCAGGAACGACAACGGAGGAAACGGAGACCAUCUCGCCAUCGAAAUCCCGAUUCGGCGACUCACAUUCACAUACCCAGUCUCACGGCGCAUCGACAGUUGCGACCUCGAUCCUGACUGGUGGGAGCGCUAGUGCGGGUCCGGAUAUUUACCACGGGGCGCAAGGCGCCGAUACGGCAACAGGAAUGCUCACAGGUAUGGAUCCAGCGUCGAUUCAAGGACAUGAUCGCAACCAAGAGCUUGGGAUCGAACAUGGACACCGGGACGAGCAUCAAUAUGGAUCCGUGAAGGCCAGUGCGAAUGCAGCGACAUCGGCCAUGGCCGUGCCGAUGUCAGUGCCUGGAACAGGAAAUCUGUUCUCGACGCCGCCAGGUCUAUCCCUGCCACGUGGACGAGGCGGGUUGAGUCUUUUAAUUGAACAGAGUCGUCACAGUAUGGUUAGUCAGGAAAUGGGAAAGCUGACUACUACGGGACCCGAGAAGGAGAGGUCGGAUAAGGGACAGUAAAUGUUUUUGUUUUGAGUUCGAUACCACUUCAAUAUGACGAUGAUAAUGCACCUGUAGCCGUCGAGCCUGUACAAUAAGAGCAUACAUGCUCCUUGGACAAGUACAAAUAAAGCAAAGCCCUAAUUCACUGCAGC